CAUAAAAAGUUGAUCACAUCAGCACUUGGACUCGCUUUAUAACAAAAUUAAGAUAUACUAGUUACUGUAGUACGGAAUAGUAAAUAUACGGAUAUAAAAUAAAUAUACGGAGUACGAAAUAGUACGGAAUUAGUUGAGAAUUAUCAACUUAUCAUGAAGCAUGUUUUGGUCAAAUUUGUUUUGGUUAACUUUAUUUGUCUUUUUCUAUGUGAGGAAGAUGACGAAAUUAAAAAUCACGUGACAUGUGAUCGAGACUUUUUAAAAAUUGGCUGCUUUAAAGAUCUCCACGAUCCAACUUCGCAUAACUUGUUGAUUACCGAUAAGGAUGAGGAAAGUGAUUCGUAUCAAGGGUUCGACCUUGAUUGGGAUAAAAUGAAAGAAUCAAUGCAUAGUAUUGCAUGCAGAUGUUCCAAAAAAUCAAGAGAAGAAGGAUACAAUUUUUUUUACAUUAUUCAUUGGGCUGAAUGUUGGUCUAGUAAAAAUUUAAAUGAACUGCAAGACGUUAACACUGUUUUGCAGAGAUCAUCUAAGUGUUACAAUGCUGACUUUUUAGAAUGUGACGAUGAUCACAUUGAAGAGUGUGCUGGGGGUUCGGAAGAAACUCAAAGCUCUGUGUAUCUCUAUAAAUCUUUUACAAACAGCAAUGCUUCAGAGCCAGCAAUUGACGGUGGAUUAACAGAAUGGAGCGAAUUUUCGGAAUGUUCUGUAGAAUGUGGAACUGGAACUAAAGAAAGAGAGAAAACUUGUACUAAUCCUAUUCCCAGUGGAGCUGGUAAAGAUUGUAUUGGAGAGCUGCAUGAAGUUGUUGAGUGCAUUUUAGACGAUUGUAAAAUUAUUCCGGAUUCCAAAAAUUUAACUAUCGAACCAUCUGAACCGCUAAUAAUAAAAGAAGAAAAUGUGAUAAAAAAAUCGAAUCUUGUUGCGACUCUAAAAUUGUUAAAGAAAGAAUAUUUUGUCUCAUUUGAAUUAAAUCCAAGCUCUUUCCAAAAAGGGUGGGCAAACGUAAUUCAUUUAACUGUUGGUGAUAACUUUUUGAAAUAUGGAGAUAGAAACCCCGCAGUUUGGUUUCACCGUGACGGAAAUGGAAGAUUACUUUUUUGCUCAGCGAUUAGUGGGAAUCGGAACCGUUGUAAAACUACAAAAUCACUUCAGCUAAAUAAAUGGCAUUCAGUUAUGGUUGUUCAAAAACUUUUAGAAGGAUUGUACAUAUUUGAAAUUUAUCUCAACAACGAAAAUAUUUUCUCAGAAGUGAAUAGAGGCGCAAAAGAUUUUGCUAAUGUAAAAGUAUAUGCAGCUGAUCCAUGGCAUCGUGCUCAAUCAGGAUUUAUUCGAAAUUUGCACAUUGCUAAUGGAAAACCAGACUUCUUCAAGUUUACCAACCAGCUAUUUACAAGAGGAAAACUUGUCACAAUCUUAAAGUUCAUGGAGAAAGAUUACUCUGUAUCAUUUGAUCUUAAUCCUACUUCAUUUAGUAAGGGUUGGAAAAACGUCAUUCAUUUUACUACUGGAAGAAACAAUGUUCUUUAUGGUGACCGAAAUCCAGGUGUUUGGUUUCAUAAAAGUGGAACCGGAAGUUUACACAUAUGCUCAGCUAUAAGUCGUAAUCGUAAUCGUUGUAAGAAUACAUACCCGCUUCAGUUAAAUAAAUGGCAUUCCAUUAAAAUACUGCAAACAAGUUAUAAAGGGAAAUUUGUCUACCGCGUUUUUAUCAAUGGAAAAAAUGUAAUCUCUGAAAUCAAUAAAGACGCACGUGUGUACAAAGAAGUUAAAGUAUAUGUUUCCGAUCCUUGGUACGCCCCACAAUCUGGGUUUAUUAAAAAUCUGAAAAUUGUUAACGGAAAUAAAGAAGUAGCUAUCUCAUUAUAAAAGCAAUAAUACAAUUAUAGUGUUUUACAUCAAUCUAAAUAAUUAUGUUUGGUCCA